AUUUCGUUUGAAACUUUAAGUUACCUAGCUGAAUUACUCUCAAUUAAAUAAGGCCUACUUUCUUUGUAUAUUCUUUUCUAUUUCUGUGAAUCUACCCUAUAAAUGACUCUGUCCAUUGACACACAAAAGGAAAAAACCUUUCUAGUUUUACUUGUUUGUAUAUUUUCCACUUUCAUACAACAGAAUUGUCCCAGAAUAACAUAACUAGUAAACAAAAACUUCAAGAAAGAUGAAAGUGGUAAUUUGUGUAUUGGGGUUGACAGAGGAAUUCUUCAAUCUCUCACCACCACUCGAGGAACGUUGUUGAAGCCUUAAAUUUUGGAUUUUUGAGUUGUUCACCCGUGUGCAUACUGACCUUUGACCAUAUAUAAUAAUAAGAAUAAAUGCAAAGUGUUUGUAGAUUUGCCUGAUCAAACCUCCUCUUUUUGCUCUUUCUUUCAUUCCUUUUCUUUCUUUCCCACUGGUUUUUCUCCAUUCUAGAAACUCAUAUUUCGCAGUUUUACUUCGAUUCUCGAGAUGGGUUUCAUGCAUUUAUGGCCAUUCAAUGAGAGAAUGAAACCAGAAGCAUAUGUUUGUUCUUACAGUAAAAUCUGCAGCUACUGUUAAUAUUUUGUUUUCAUAUCAGUUUCAAGAGCUAUUUUAAUGGAAGCUGCUAGCUCCAAAGAUAGUUCAGUUGCUUCAAGUCCUUUUCCUUCUCCUAACAUUGGAGCCCUGCUAAAGAUUAAGAUCAUUUCAUGGAGUCAAGAGACUGGUCUGCCUGUCACUGUUCGUGUUCGAGUUGGCGACAGAACAUUCAACCUUCACAAGAAUCCUCUCACUUUGAAGAGUGGAUAUUUCAGAAAAAGAUUGAUGGAAACAACUGAGCUUGAACUGCCACAAGAAUUCCCAGGAGGCCCAGAAGCUUUUGAAAUGAUUGCUUUAUUCCUUUAUGGUUCUUCCACACUGAUUGAUCCUUUCAACGUAGCAGCCCUGCGAUGUGCAGCAGAGUUUCUUGAAAUGACAGAAGAGUACUGCUGUGGAAAUCUCUGCGAGCGCUUUGAUCUCUAUUUAAACCAAGUUGUGUUCCAAAGUUGGGAUGAUACAUUGAUUGUUCUUCAGAGGUGUCAAACUCUGGUUCCCUGGUCUGAAGAUCUGCUAAUAGUUGGCCGCUGCAUUGAGUCUUUAGCUUUCAUGGCUUGCAUGGAGAUUCUUGACCCAGAAAGGAGAAGGGACAAGCCAGUUGUUACAUUAGAGUCACUGGCUGAUCAAGCUUGGAGCUGUGAAACAGCCAAGGAGAUAGUGAUCCAUGAUCUCUGGAUCAAAGAUCUCAUUGCCUUACCAUUUGGAUUCUUCCGAAGAAUAAUAGGAUCAUUAAGGAGACAAGGAAUGAAAGAAAAAUAUGUGAGCCCAAUCAUUGUUUUCUAUGCAAACAAAUGGGUACUAUCUAACAAGACAAGACAGUUCUGGGAGAAUUCAGGCAACAGAAUUAGCGACAUUGAUGCUAACAACAAAGUUUCAGUAAUUCUUCAAGGUAUUCUGGAUUUGCUGCCUGUGAGAGAGAAAUCCAGGAGAGUGAUUCCUGUACGAUUUUACUUUGCAUUGCUUUCUAGAUCUUUUGAAGUUGGCUUGAGAAGUGAAAGCAGAGCAAAGUUGCAAGAUCAGAUUGCAACCCAAUUGCAUUUAGCCCAGGCGGAAGAUUUUCUCAUUCCAAAAACUGCAGUAGACUCAAUCUCUUCCAGCAUGGAGUUGGCUACCAUGGAGAGCAUAUUCUCCACAUAUUUAUCACUUACCAAGGCAGCAAAUCAUCCUCUUUCAUCCACCAACUCAAUCAUUGCAGAGUUAUGGGAUACAUAUCUCUCUCGUAUUGCCUCUGAUCCAAAAAUGGAGCCCAGAAGACUCAUGGAACUCAUUGAAACAAUACCCAUUUCUUACCGACACAGCCAUGAUCAACUCUACAGAGCCAUCAACGCCUUCCUGCAGGAACACCCAGAUGUUUCCCAAGAAGAAAAGGGAGCAGUCUGCAAAUAUCUGAACUGCCAAAAGCUCUCACAAGAGGCAUGCAUUGAAGCAGUUCAAAAUGAGCUGAUGCCUUUACGUUUGAUUGUCCAGGCUCUAUUUGUUCAGCAGCUGAAUACCCACCAAGCUUUCAAAGAAUGCUCAGACUCAUUCAGAUAUGCACAAUGUGGUGAGUUCUCUGGCAGCCUCUCAAGCUCAAGGUGUCCCAAUUCCAAAAGCCAGAAUUUAGCUGAGAGUCCAUACAGUGAUGGAGCAGAGCCAGUGAAUAGAACUUUGAGUUUCUUGCUGCAAAACGACAUUGCAGCUCAAAGAUAUGAAUUGUCCAGAAAGGAAUAUGAGUCUACAAGCUUUAGAAUUCAGAACCUUGAACAAGAGCUCUUGUCCUUGAAGAAGAACCUUCAAUUGCAGAGCAGUUCAAAGCCAAUUCCAGCCAAACCACAAAAUAUGAAACCAUAUGGCAUGGAGAGCAGAUCACUGAGCAAGAAGAGGAACCCAUUUGGACAAGUUACAGGCUGCAUCAGUUCUGUGAAUUUUGCUUCACAAAGAAGGUAUGCUAAUAGACUGCUGAAGGUCUUUCGCCGGAUUACCCUGUUCGGAAGUAGAAAAUCAAAGAGAAAGCCGGCCGCCUCCGGCCAGUUGGUCAAAUCGGUGUAGCAGAAGAAAUAAUAUAUGAAAAUUUCAUGGCAUGCUGAUUCCAAACAAAUAUUAUAAACUGAAGCCAAUGCCUUGCAAGAGUGAAGAAGAGAGAUCAUUCAAGGAAGUAAGAUGUGAAGUCAUUGUGUGGAAGAAGCCAUUACUUCAAUUUUGAAUGGUAAUUUGACCAAAAUAAUGUUGAAUUCUAGUAUAAAGUUUAUGAUUUGUGUUCAACUUAAUUUAUUAGUAUGUAAUUUUUUAGAAUAUUUUGUAUAAAUUAAAGUCUUUAGCUUUUAUGUC